AUGAAUCCACCCACCGAGCACCGAGGUGUUCAGCAAGCGAGCGCGCGAGUUGAUCAAUUUAGUUCCAAACUAGUACCUCAUGUGAUCAAAGGAGAAUGCGACUACGUGCAAGGCUGUGACUUCAUGCUUCCAGUAAAACUACAGGAGAUUAAGAAAAAUUAUUGUAAGAAGCCGAUGCCCCGAUUUGCAGCGAUAGUACUAUCGCUUCUUCAUCCGUACGACCAAGAGCGCGUUGUUCCAGACUCGCGUCUCGCGAAGGGAGAAAGAUCCGCCCAACCGGGAGGCGGCUUGAGGGGGGCGGCGACAGCACGUCCGCGGCGCCCUGCACCGCGACGCCCUGUGCCAGCGUCGGGCCGUGUCGCCGUGCCGAUCGCGUCGCCGCGCGUGCGCCGGCGUGCCGUCCGUGCCGGGGCGGCGGGGGCGGCGGCGGCGGCGGCGACUCGCGGCUGGAGGGCGCAGCGCGCGUGCGCUCGGGUACCGCCGACGAACGAAAAUAAAAAUGUGUUGCGAAUAUUUUCGAAGCGAUGCGACGCGAACCGACGCUCCGCCUCGACGCGCGAGCCGCCUCUGCUGGGCCUGCCCUUUUGCCAAUGGCGAGCGCGCUUUUGGCACGGUGUCUACUUGCGAGCAGAAAUUAUGCAAACAGAAGAGGUCAACCCUGAAGCAUUGGAUGAGAUUCCGAUUCUAAACCCUCUGUCAAAUAUUGAAAUGACGGUGAAAGAAGAAAUAGAGCAACCUGUGGAAUUAGCUGAGAAGACAAAUGUCUUACUAAAUGAAUGCAUGUCAACAGAAUCAACUUCUCAAUUUUCUGCAUUAGAUGAACAUCACCACAGCUUUGAGGAUUCAACUAUAGGACAUAGAUACAAUAGUCCAAUUGAUAACAUAAGGCAAAUUCACAUUCCCUUGCCAAGGGAUAGAAUACUAAACAGUACUCAUGAGAGUUCAGCACCCAAUUCAACAUUGGCUCAAUCAAUUGCUCCCACGACAAUAUCUUCAACAUCCCAACAAAAGACUGAGAAAGAGAGAGGAAGGGGGAAAAGACGUUCACGAUGGAAGUUAAAAUUUCAUCAUCAAGCUCUGCCGCCUGAAUAUCUAGAUCAUUACGAGGCCCAACAAGCUGCUGCUGCGGCAGCUGCAGCAGCUGCCACUAAGCCGGCUAACACAAAAGCAGACAGUAGAAACAAAGGCAAUUCAGCAUCAAAAUCAUCCUCCUCUGUUACUACCAAAUCACCCACAGUAGACAAGACUGAUAAGAAUGAAAAUGAAAACAACUCAGAGCCCUUUACAUUUCAUCAAAGUGACUCUUCUCAAACCACUACCAGAACUCCUACACAUCUCCCCGAAGAACCUGGAUCUACUAACAACUCUGCUCUCCCAGGAGGAUACAUCUAUUGGCCUAGUGCAGGCGUGUUUGUGCAUCCCAUGGCACUUCAAUCACAAUUUUUAUACUACCAAAAAAUGGGUGCAAUUCCUCUUGUUCCAUUAUCUUCAGCUGAGCCUCAAGCUUUCAUGCCAUCCCAUGUCCCACAUGUCAAUUUAAUUCCUCAUUUAAAUUCUGCAUUACCUCAGAGUCCACCCAUAGUUGCCCCUAAGCUUGUUCAAAAGAAGGACCUGAAGGCAUCAGCUAACAAAACACUAAUUCCAAAGGCGUUUUCUAUGAUGAUGGACACAAGCCCAAAAGCAACUACAUCAAUACCAUCCAGUGAAAUUCCUUUUUCAAGACUGAAACGAUUAGCCCCGCUGGGAAAUCCUCCCUCAUCAACAGCUCCAACAAAGAGAAAGAGAUCUGCAAUUUUUAUUCCUCCAAUGCCUAGUGAAAACAGCACAAAUCCUACAACAGAA